UCUUGCUUUUAGCGGAUCGCUUGGCUGUGCAGAAGGAAGCCGGAUGCUGAGCGCGGGGUGGCUGUGCCUCUCGGGGCUGGUGCUCGCCCUGCUGAUCCCCACCGGGUGGCAGGUGGGCCCCGAGGACUCAGCUGACACGUCCAGCAGAUGGCAGGAAUAUGAAUCCCAAAGUGCCCAAAGCUUCAUGUCCAACAUCAAGCGACACUCGGAAGGGACAUUCACCAGUGACUUCACCCGCUACCUGGACAAGAUGAAGGCCAAGGACUUCGUGCACUGGCUCAUCAACACCAAGCAGUACAGCAGCUCCUCAAAGAGGUACAUGAAGGAGGAGCCCCACAGCAACCCCUUCCCAGCCGUGUUCCCACCACUCACGUACAAUUAAAUGGGAGAUCAAGGCCUGGGUUUUCCAGCAGCAUCAGCCCAGGGAUGUUGGAUCCCUCCAUGGCUGCAGCUACUGGAUGCUCCACGGGAAGGAUUUAUCCAUCCCACGCAGCCGUGUUAACCCUUCGGUGUUGCCAGUCACCUCCUCCUCAAAUCCUCACCUGUGGAUCAGCUUUCCCUUCAAACCUGGACUUCUCCAGCUUCCUUUUCUCUGUAACAGGGGGAUCAGCUCUCCCUUCAAACCUGGACUUCUCCAGCUUCAUCUUCUCUGUAACGGCUCCUGCAGUGCUGCAGAUCCUGGGGCUUUCCUGACAUCUUUAAUAAAACCUUUGCUUUGAUUCCUGAUGCCUCAAAGCUUUCCAGGCAUCCAGUUGGGAUCCCAUGUGCUGCUGGUCCUGGGAGAUUUUUGAUUCCUGUGCUUUGCCCCACAGCUUGG